AUGGACAACACACUUGCCUUAACUCCUGUCUCCGGGAAUGGGGAGGAUAUCUACACCAACGUCAAUCCGCACUGGAGACCGCCAUGGGGACGCGGUAUCUUUGGUGGUGGUAUUAUAGCUCAAUCACUUUGCGCAGCUCAGCGCACCGUCCCCUUAGCUUUCUGUGCGCACAGUAUGCAUUGCUACUUUGUCCGCCCUGGAACCAGCUCUGACCCUGUAUUCUACCAUGCCGAACGAAUUGGCGAUGGUAAAAAUUUCGCUUGCCGCAUAAUCCGCGCAAUGCAGCGAGGUCACUGCAUAUUCACCGCGACUGUGAGCUUCGCGCGGGAACCGCCAUCACACCAAAACCCUAUGCUUAAGCACGCGGCUCCCAUGCCUACUGAUUUAACACCUCCACCAAGCAUUGUGAACAGCGCCAGACUCACAAAGACCGCACCCGCUGGCGAAAACAGUCCGUGUGAGUGUGUGCGACCCCUAGUGGAGAGCAGUGGCCCCGAGGUCCCACCAGAGCAGCGCAAAGUGAGACAAUGGAUUCGGGCUAAAGGCCUUGCUGGGGAUAAUCUUACUCAAAAUUCUGGUGCCGAGCAUCACUCACAUCUGGCGGCAUUGGCAUACAUGACUGACUGCUACUUCAUUGGCACGACGGCGCGCGUGCAUGGAGUGACGAGGUUCGCGGAUAAAGAGUACAUCGACCGCACGGUGGAAUCUCUAGGGGGCAAUGCGGAGGAAAAGGCUUGGAGAAGAGGAUACUUCGAAGAGUUGGCAAGUGAAGAGGCUAGGCAGAAUGAAUCAAGCUCCUGGAAGCCUGAUGGACAGGCGUGUGUACGUGUUGGAAUGAUGGUGAGCUUAGAUCAUACUAUCUUCUUUCAUCAACCACGCAGCUGUAAGUCAGAUCAGUGGAUGCUUGCGGAAAUGGAUAGUCCCUGGACAGGAAAUGAGCGAGGUCUAGUGACGCAGCGCAUCUGGAGUCAGACAGGUGAAUUGAUAGCAACUUGUGUACAAGAAGGGAUUCUGCGUUUGGCACCGACUGGCCUCGAAGACGCUAAACUGUGA